UCGCGUGCUCGCGCACCAUCGCUCAGAAUAUUAUCAUAGAUCAGCGAUCGGCGGUAACAGUGCCUGACCCUGUCAGUGUCUGCGUUACUUGUGGCUACCAGUCGUUGAAGUGCAUCGGCACGUGGCGAGGUUCGCGGCCGGGUCAGCAGAACCACAGGGCGAGUAAUCUAUCAUGAACACCAAGGACAUGCGAUCGAGCCCACAGGCUGAGUAUCGUGGCGAAGAUCCGUCUGCGUUGACGGAGAACUGUGAUUAUCCAGUUCCAGUACAGGCGGCCGCAGCACAGACCACAGGGGAUGGUAAACACGCCGACGACGAUGAUGAAAAUGAUGUCGCGAUGCCCAUACCGAUAGCGACGCUGGUGUUUCAGGAUGGCCGUACCCAGCCAGUCUAUAAACCACUCGCUGGUCUCGAACACCUGUUUAAGGCGCAACCUAGGACCAGCCCCCAAGCAUCUUUCAGCAGCCGUACCUCUGACAUACGUCGUCCCAUCCGAUUGGAACCGGCCCGGGUACCAGGACCACCCCAGCACGCCACAGAACCAGCUCAGCAAGCUAAGCCUCAAAUAAAACCCACUGGUAGGCAGAGAAAGGCCGUUGCACCGAGGCAAAGCCUGCCGAAGUCCAGGAGUCUGAAAAGAUGCCGGUCCGUUGCACAAGGGUCUGCCUCGGACCGCAAGGCUGUCGUCGACAAUGACGAAGAGGCCAACCAGACCAUCGGAGUCGUGACUGAAGAGGCGCAAACUUUCUACAUUGGCGACGUUGAUGCAUUUCAAAGAUUCCUUCAUUGUCGCUUUGAUGAACUGACCAUGAAGCCACUACGCGGCAUUGUUACGCACUGGGUCAAGCUUCUUGAGCCGAGACGGCUUGGUGAUUGGGGCAAGUACCAUGAGAUGCUUCCGUCUGAGGCAGACACGCCGCCCUGGUGGCCAGAGACUGUCAUCUACAAGGAGCCUUCUCAUCUGAAGAAGGAGGACCUUUCAACAUUGGCGGUUGAGAUGCUGCUCGUCCACCGAAAGAUUGACGAGAUGAAGCGCAAGGCUCCAUGGGUUACAAAGCUCCGCGACAUCGCAAAGUUCACGAUUCAGACGACAUCAGCUGACCAUUUCUCCUCGUCCAAGGGCAGCGUUCAUAGCGAAGAGAUGAAGAAGCGCGCAGUGGAAGAAGUGCUUCCCAGCAUAUUCGAAGUUGCGCAGGCAUAUGAAGACCACGUCAUCCAGUAUGGCCUUUUCGAAGGGUCUGGCAAUGUCGAUCCUGGCCGAGGCAUGCAUCACACGUGGAAGCCCAUACCAAGGCCCGUGAGGCGCACACAACCAAAGCGACCUCGCCUAGCAGUCAGAGAUAGUACAGGUAAUGUGCAAGAGACUAUCUAUGAGACCUCUGGAGACGAGACGGAGCCAGACAACACCAUGUCAGCGCUUGCUAGGACCCCUCAAGAGCUUGAUCAAUCUGCUCCUUCACCCCGAACCAUGCCUGCCCCGAAUCAAUGCGAGAUCCAGACACCGCAACAAUCCUUCUCAGCCGACGACAAUCGCUCGCAGGUCUGGAAACCCGACACACCUGUGUCAGUCUCCGGUCCAUGCACGCCUGUCUUCUCGCCUGUUUUGUCCCAGGCUGAUGCUAAGAUGCAACGUACCGCAUCCACACCCAAUUCUUCCUUUGAUCGAUCAUUACACGGACUGCACCUUGGAGGAGAGGACAUGGAUUCCAAGCCACAGAUGAGGACCAUGUCCGAACAAGGCAACAUGCACCCUCACUUUGACAUGUCCCCAUACGCCCAGUCGCUGCGAUACUCAGCAACACCAGCAGGGUACAACGACCAGGUAUACCAUUCUACAGGGACCUACUCCAACUCAACCCAGCCUCUUUUUGCGCAGACGGUUCCAACGUUUGUCAACCCUUUCAGCAUGUAUCAUGGCCCACUGCCUCCCAUGGGUUAUAGCCAGUACACGAACCCCAUGGCUACCGGUGCUGGGUUCGGGUUCGAGCAAAACAUGUACCCUUCGACGCCUGUCAGCUUCGCAAACGCGCCGAUGACCAUGACCGUGGCACCAUCCGACACCACCAUGAACUUUGACAGCAGUCUUCCGUCCGAGUACCCUGUCGACUCGCAAAGUUCCCAAGAGCUGCGUCAAUUCUGAGUUCUCCCUUUAGCGCGCGUUGUCAGCAUUUUCGGUGUUUCGUCUUCUGUCUUUCCUUUUGUUUUGGCAUCAGAAUAACGACUCGUAACGAUUCCAUUUUGUGUUUCAACCCGUCAUGCGUAGCUCCAGCACUGCACCAUGUUGUGUUCUCUGCGCAGACUUGCUUCGGCGCUCUCGCUGGAGCGUUUUCCUUCAACCUUGUAUUUCUU